AUGGCGGCCACCCCCUUUGCUCGUAGCCUGUGGACGGGGGCCUCUUGUACCUGUGGCACCCCCUCGGAGGAUCGUACGUGCGACCGCGUCAACUACAACGUGUCCGGCAAUGGAACACGAGUAAAAUACCACCGCGUGGCAAGGCUAGUCUGCUCGGCCCAAGGGCCCGGACUGCAGGAGCAUCAGAGGGAGGUGGAGGAGUUGGGGCAGAGCCAGAGGAGAUGCCAGCAGAUGAUCCAAUUGAAGGAGGAGGAGCUUCAGGAGCUGAGGAAGGCUGUGGAGACUCUCAAGUCCGGUGCACAGACAGCAGUGGAGGACAGUGAGAGGAUGUUUGCUGAGUUGUUCCACUCCAUUGGGAGAAGGUGCUCUGAGGUGACAGAGCUGAUCAGAGCUCAGGAGAAGGCAGAGGUGAGUCGGGUUGAAGAACUCCUGAAGCGACUGGAGCAGGAGAUUGCUGAGCUGAAGAGGACAGAUGCUGAGAUGAAGGAGCUCUCACAGACAAAGGAUGCCAUCCAUUUCCUCAAGAUGCAGCUGGAGGAGAAAUUUGAGUCAGUCUUCAAGCGGGAAAUAGUCAAGAUAUCUGCAGCAGGUAGAAACCACACUAUGUUUGAUGCCACGGGCCAGCUACAGGAGAGGAUCUGCCCCCUUCAUAAGAAGGUUUUUGAAAUAUUCUGUCGCACCGACCAGAGUUGCAUCUGCUAUCUGUGUACGAUGGAGGAUCAUAGAGGUCACGACACUAUCACAGCUAAGGCAGAGUGGAGUCAUAAAAAGGAGGGGUUGGGGCAGAGCCAGAGGAGAUGCCAGCAGAUAAUCCAGUUGAAGGAGAAGGAGCUGCAGGAGCUGAGGAAGGCUGUGGAGACUCUCAAGUCUGGUGCACAGACAGCAGUGGAGGAGAGUGAGAGGAUGUUUGCUGAGAUGAUCCGCUCCGUUGAGAGAAGGUGCUCUGAGGUGACAGAGUUGAUCAGAGCUCAGGAGAAGGCUGAGGUGAGUCGAGCUGAAGGACUCCUGAAGCGACUGGAGCAGGAGAUUGCUGAGCUGAAGAGGACAGAUGCUGAGAUGAAGCAGCUUUCGCAGACACAGGAUCCCAUUUACUUUCUCAAG